GUUCUGUGUCUUCCCCCAACCCCCGCGCCGGGGGAGACCUCCCAUGUAGCCCGCGACCACCCGGGUCAGCGUAGGGGUUCCCAUAUGGGGUCGAAGCGUCGCCGACCCCUCAUCCGGACAUUUUCCGGGCAACCUCCGUACAGGGCCACAGGGUAGACCGCCGCCCGGGCCAUAGAGCCCUAACACGGCCUCCGGGACUCCGUGAUCUCGGUGUGGGCGCCCUCCUCUGUGGCUGGUGGGGCCAUGGGAACUACGCUACCCACAAUGCCGGAGGCCGAGGGCCAAGACUAGCAGCCAAUGAACGCCCGAAAGCAGGGCGUUUUCUCGUUCGGACCAGAGGAUGUGGGUGGGACUUCCGGCGCCGCUGUUGUGGCAGUCACUAUGGCUGCUCCAGUGUCCAACAGCGAUACGAGUACUUUAGGAGAGCGGAGUCAGGAUCGGGGUGACCAGAGCGAGGAGGCUUUAGAGGAGAGGUUGUCCCCACUGCACAGCGGCGAGUCUGCAGAGCCGCGGCGGUAGAUGACGAUUGUACACGAGUUCCGUCUCUGUCGCCCACCACCUAAGACCCCGCUCCUCCCAGACUCCGAUGGCGGCGGCCGCGCCGAGGGACCCGCCUCAGACUCCCAUGACUACAGAAGUGCUUAUGGACUGUACAAAGGGCUGUGUGACCUUUGAGGACGUGGCCAUUUACUUCUCGCAGGAGGAGUGGGGGCUCCUUGAUGAGGCUCAGAGACGCCUGUACCACAAGGUGAUGCUGGAGAACUUUUUACUUACAGCCUCAAUGGUUUGUUUGCAUGGAACAGAGAAGAAAGAGACACCUUCUGAGCAAAAUGUUUCCCUAGAAGUUUUGUCACAGGUCAGGACUCCAAAGGUAGGUCCAAUCAGCCAGAAGGCUCACCUCUGUGAGAAAUGUGUCCCAAUCCUGAAAGACAUUUUGCACUUGGCUUGCCUACCUGGGCAGAAACCAUACUUGACUGGGGCAUGUGCAAACCUACGACAGCUUCAGAAGCAUUUCAGUGCAAAGAAAAGUGACAUGGAUAGGGCAUCAUUUGUAAAGAGUUGCAUAUUCCAUGUGCCAGGGCAUCCCUUCACCUGUAGGAAGGUUGGAAAGGACUUCCCAGCUACUUUGGGCCUUCUCCAGCACCAGAUCACUCCCACUUGUGAGAAACUCAACAAAAUCACCAAGUGUGGGGAGGCCUUUCAUGGUAGGAGAAGUCAUUACAAGUUGUGUGAAUGUGGGAAAGCUUCCAGCUACAAACAGAGUCUUGUUUACCACCCAAGUGUCUCUACUAGGAAAAGGGUUUAUGAGUCUAGCAAAUAUGGGAAAGCCUUGCGCUGUAAGUACUCACUUGUUCAGCUCCAGAGAGUCCACACUGGAGAAAGGCCUUAUGAGUGCAGUGAAUGUGGAAAAUCUUUUAGGCAAAGAGCCACCCUCAUUAUACACCAGAGAGUUCACACUGGAGAAAGGCCUUAUAAAUGUGGCGAGUGUGGAAAAUCCUUUAGUCAGUGCUCCAAUCUUAUUGAACACUGCAGAAUUCACAGUGGAGAAAGGCCUUAUGGGUGUGAGGAAUGUGGAAAAGCCUUUGGGUGCAAAUCCAAUCUUGUUCGGCACCAGAGAACCCACACUGGAGAAAAGCCUUAUGAGUGCAGUGAAUGUGGGAAAUUCUUUAGACAAUGCUUCACGCUUGUUCAACACUGGAGAAUUCACACCACAGCAAGGCCUUUUGUGUGUGUCCAGUGUGGGAAAUCCUUUAGCCAAAGAGCCACUCUCAUUAGACACCAGAGAGUUCACACUAGUGAAAGGCCUUAUGAGUGUGGGGCAUGUGGGAAAGCCUUUGGAUCCAAAUCCAAACUCAAUCGGCACAACAGAUGUCACACUGGAGAAAGGCCUUAUGAGUGUGCUGAAUGUGGGCAGUCUUUCAGACAAAGCUACAGCCUCGUUGAACACCAGCGAAUUCAUAGUAGAACAAGGCCCUUUGAGUGUGGCCAGUGUGGGAAGUCCUUUAGCAGAAGAGCCAUCUUCACUAAACACCAGAGAAUUCACACUGGAGAAAGGCCUUAUAAAUGUGGCGAGUGUGGGAAAUCCUUUAGUAGAAGCACCAGCCUUAUUCAGCACUGCAGUAUUCACACUGGGGCAAGGCCUUAUGAGUGUGGGCAGUGUGGAAAAUCCUUCAGGCAAAAGUCUGUCCUUAUUCAACACCAGGUAGUUCACACUGGAGAAAGUCUUUAUGAAUGUGGUGAAUGUGGGAAAUCCUUUAGCCAGUGCUCCAGCCUCAAUCUCCACCGAAAAUUUCACACCAGGGAGAGGCCCCAUGAACACAGGAAGUAUGGGAAAUCCUUUACUCCAAACAGCUAACAUUGUUUAGUACCAGGAAGUCCACACUCUGAGAAAGGCCUUAGACCUCAAGGAAUUGCUGUCUCCUCAUUCAUUAUAAUAGCACUAGACAGCUUCUGUGAGGGAGCCGUCUGCCUUGAAAUUGAACCUCAUACCUCCCACUUUCCAGAGGGGUUAAAUUCCCAAUGAGUUCCAGGGACCUGUGAAGCUUACAGGAGCUACAUUCCAUGUUCUAAACUCCCCAGGGCCCUUGUCAGAGUUACAUCUCUGAUAUUUUCUCUGGUAGAACCCACCUCACCUCUCCUGCCUUGCACAGUAUUUCAUUGGUCACCCUGAUGUGCUAACACAAGGAAGAUGUCUGUGCUCUCUCCUAUUCCCUGGAGGAAAUCUUGAGUAGUCUGUGCCCUUACAUUUUCCUAUUUCCAGUUGAUUAAGUAUGAGUCUGACCCUUCAUCAAAAUUGUUGGUUUCACGUGACAUUUGUGGUUGAUAUUCCUGCCUCAAAGUCACCAACUGGUAAUUGCCUUGCCCCCUCCCCCCACCAUUGCUCUGGUUUGUGUAGCAAUAAAGGUCUUAUUGUUUAACCUA